UUGGACAGGAUGAUCAUGAAAAGUAUAAUAACAGUCACUUCAUACCUAUAAGAGAUUCAAUGAGUGGUGCAGAUGGUGGAUGUAUUAGAAAAUCAAAGUCUGGAAACAAUUGUGUGUACUGCUAUGACCCAUCAGAGAGCCUGUCUGCAGACUCAUAUAGUGCUGCACUUGACAGAGUCUUAAGUCUGGACACAGUUCUACAUGUUCAUUUGACUACCACCCUAUCAUGUAGGGGUCUCCAACAAGGAUUUGGCAUGUGUACAGAGUUGAUUUCAAUUGCUGCUCGGAUUUUUUUUCCGUAAGUAUUUGCUCUUAGUGCUUACUAGAUGUGCUUCGAUAUUUCUGUUUGUACUGCAGCGGCAACACCGCUUAGGAUAGGGAAAGUUAGUUUUGUGCGAUAUUUGGACCACGAGUUACAGGCAGGUGCUAGCCAGAUUGCAGUAAGUUACGCAUACCAGCAGUUGCGAAGGCAAAUAGAGGCCACAGGGGCCUAGAACUGCCAGAGAGGGCGCACACAGCAAUUUCCAUGGCGCAAGUCACAAGCAGAAGAGGGCCACUGGCCAACCUAAGUGUUAUGCAUACGUGAUGCAAAGCGGCCCUCUUGGUAAAGCAUUGGCGCACAGCCAAGUAUAAAUAAGUGCCAUUUUCUAACGAGAUUCAUUCAAGUGUGGCAGCUCUCCUGGACGGCGGGGCGUAUCACACCACCGGGCUACAUACAGCAACAGAUGGGGCGCCAGCGUCCCAGUCCACGCCGGGUCGUUGGUUCGACUCUCUGAGACCGACGCGGGGUCCGCAGCAAGCCAGGCGGACCACCCUUCAGCUCACUACUGCGGGCAGUCGUCUCGGCUCCCGACACACGCUGGACACUUCCCGAGGCAAGGGCAGCAGAUUCGGACGCCAGAUCGCGGGUGGUCAUUGCCGCCGCGUUCUCAGCUACGCCAGCGAGGAAGAAGCAGCAGCAGCGGGGCCGGCCUACAGCUCCCGGCGGAGCAGCGCUGAAUGAAUGGGGAAGAAGACUGCUCAGCCGGCUGUCGGCACCUCCUGGCAAUCAGCCAUUACAUUUAGUGUCAUAAUAGCGGACGUCGUCUGUCCAGUAUGACGUUCGAGCCCACCACCUGCAUUAUGGUCACAAGAUGUGUUUCGUUUCCUGCAUAAAACUCUGAGUUCAAGUGAACAACAGCAUACUCAGCCUCCUCGGCCUGCAACAACAAGAAUUCAACAAGAAAUUGAUGAGGCAGUUCAGAGGGAGAGAGAACUGAAAGAAGCAAAUGGAAUUCAGACAUCUGAUGAAAAUAUUGUACAUAAGAGAUCUCAAACACCUGAUGCUGUCAACAGUUCCACAGAAGAGAGAGAGAGUGAUCCAAAUAGUUUCUCCUCUUCGAACAAUCUUUCAGAUUCACUAAAUGAUGGAGAACCCUCAGCACAAGCUGUUCCAACAAAGAGAUCUCAGUCAUCAAGUCCAUCACUUAAUAAUUCUCCAUUUGCAAGCCCAACACACAGGUUCUCAUCUGGUGGUGGACAGAAAGGAUUGAUGCAGAGGUUUUAUGCAUCACAUGGAAGGAUGAGAAUUUAUGCUGCUCCAAGGAAUACUGUACCUGUUGUUGUUUCUCCUCCUUCUGUUUCACCUGUACAUAACCAGCCUCCAAUUGAAAGGAAGAUCAUUGACAUCAAUAGUGGGAAUGAUUCACAGGAUUCAGAUGAAGACCUGGUAAAGACUCCAGUGAGAAAGGGCUACCAAUCAGCUGAAGAGAAGAUACAAGCAGAGUUACAAGAGAUGCAAAAACGUGAAGAAGAAUUGAGGUUGCUGAGAGCAAAACUAUUUGCUCAGUCACAGCCAAAUCUUUUGAGCAUUGGUAGUAUUGAGGAAGAAGAAAUUAAUCAUAUCAAUGGUGAUGGAGGGAAACAGACUUUGCAGAGUGCACAGUCUAUUCCAAAUCUCUUAGAUUCUGAUGAUUCAUUGGAUGUUUCACAGGAUCCGGCUUCACAAAAGUUUCAGAAAAAUUCCCCAAGAAAAAGAAGUGCACUGAUUGCUGAGUGGGAGAGCAGGAUCCAAAAAAAUUCAGAGCAUUGAUCGUGACCUCUGAACCACCACCAAUGAAAAUGUCACAUUCCAGAAUGUGUGUGGAUACAAC